AUGACAGAAAGAGAUCGAAUGCCUUCAAAUGCUAUACAUGGCUCGAUAAACUCUUUAGGGGAUGGCUACUUGGUACCUUAUUGUCGUAACUGUCAUAAAGUGAUCCAUAUUAAUGGGUCACCCGCAGAACCAGUUUACCAACAAGAGAUUGUCGAUCUGUUUGCCAGCUUACAUGGCUCUAAAACCGGUUCAAAGCCAAGCUUGACGGAGAAUAUGCUUCCCAAGAUGGACCAUAAACAACGAGAGUACCUUGAAUAUAUUGCCCAGGCGUAUUUUUCUAAUGAUGAUGAUAUUGAUGAUACCACCAGGACCUACAGUAAAUACAGUUCUGUUUCGCCGUAUCUUCAGUGUCCUAAUGAUUGCAAAAAAUGUCAAAUAAUAUGGAAAUUGAUCUUGAAAAUUGAGAUCACUGAUAGUUUCACAAAAUUGACUUCUGUAAAGCUAUUGGCAUGCGAUGCGGUGCUUGCCGAUAUCCAAUACCGUGCCCAGCUUGAAUCGCAAUCACUACAAUCAAAAGAUGCCCAGUUCCAAUUGUUGUUAAUUCUUGCGAAAUUCUUGGCUCCGUGGGUGGCUAACAGAACCCGAUUCUUGAUCAGAACCCUUGGAUUGCAUGGUGAUAGGGAGAAUCAGUUCUUUUUCUUCCAAUCACGCCAAGAAGAUGAAACGAUCAUUACGAAAAUCGAGCAAGGACUUCUGCCAUUUGUGGAAAGAUGGGCCAAUGAUCAUGUGGAAUCCACUGCUGUCGAUGAUGAGAUACUUGAGCUUGCUGAAGGCAUUUCUGAAAAUGAUGGACUGAACUCACCGAAAAAUAAUAUCUCGAGCACACCGAAAAACAACAACGAGAAAGAUACAAUGAAAGAUCAUGGUAUGCCAGGAAGACGGAUAACUUCCAGCCAGAAUGAUGGAAAAGUCACUAAACCUCCAAUCUCCAAUUUCACCGAUAAACCGGAGACUAUUCCCGAAUCCAAGAGACCGCAGAUUGAACAGAGCAUACAGGAUCCAAGCGCCCCAAUAGUUGUUUUGGGCACAUCGAGAGGCUGGAAUGCUGAUAGAAGUUGGUGGAGCGAAAAUGAAGAUGAAGAACGUGAUAUCAAUACAGGGAAUAAGAAUGAAACAUAUAGAAAAGAAAACACACGAGACACGUCGAUGUCGAUUAAUAACGGUUCCCCUGCAAUUAAGUCCAUUGGCUCGCAGCAAUCGGCUUCCCAAUCAACAAAAAUGGUUGGUAUUACAGUGGGACGUGCUUCAGAUUCGGAAUCAGAUUCAAAUUCGGGCUCUGAUUUAGAAGAUCAGCAUGAUGAUCGUCUGGGAUAUAGGUAUGACAACAAUUCUGAAGCUAUGACCGCUGAGGAUAGAUCAGAAUUCAAAAACAUUCACAAAAACAACACAAAUCCUUCUGAACCUAAAAUUCCAAUAGUUUCUCAGAAUCUGAAGCAAAGAAGCAACCAGCAGGAAAGAAGCCUUUCUGAUAGUGAGUCUGGAAGUGAACCAGCAUCACAUGCUUUUACUGAGACUCAAAUCAAUGAUAGCCCUUUUCCGGAAAUUCAAAGCGGCAAUACCAUAUCAUCAUUUCCAACAGAUUUCCCAUUUAAAGAUUUUGUCCCCCGUCGUCGCUCAGGAGUUUUACCAGAAAAGAUCCAUCGUGCUUUAUUGAAAUGGCUUUAUUUCCAUCUUGAUAUCACUUUACCUCUGAUGGAUCAAUAUCAAGAGUUGCAGAAUAUGACUGGCUUGAAGCAUAAGCUGAUCUAUCGUUGGAUCAAGCAGGCGCAAUCGAAAUAUGUUCCAAGAAUGAAGAAGCUAAAAGGCAUUUGGGAAGCAAGAAUAGCAAAAGGUGUCGAUAAAAGUCUUGUUAACAAUUCGCCGAAAGUUCUUUAUGAGAAAGACUUAAAUGAAAGUAAUUCUGAAAAUGAUGAUAUUGAACUUAUAGAUGGAGACGGAGAAACUGUUGAGGUUGAAGAUAAUGAUGGGAAUGGUGAUGCAAUAGAAGUUUUGAAUGAAAAUAGGGUGGCAAUUGAGAUCGAUAGCAGUGAUGAAAUGCACGUUGAACUUGAAAGCGAAAUUGAAAUGCACAAUGGUAAUGAGAAUCAAGAAGAAGUUGAAAUAAUAGAUAAAAUUGAAAGUGGUAAUGAAACUAGAAGUGAAAAGGAUCAAAAAAUGGAAAAUGAAGAUCCUGGAACUCAAAAUGAAGCAAAAAAUUCAGAGUUGAAUUUGGAAAAGCAGUCAACGGAGAAAAAUGAAGUUCAUUUGAAGCGCAUGAAUGCCAAUGCUAUUGCUGUUGUUAUCGAAGAUAUAAUAGAAAUCGAUGGAGGAAAACAUUCAAACGAAAAAAAUGAUGAUGUCAAUAUUGUGAAUACCAAUAAUAACGAUGUUUCUAUGAAAGAUGGAAUAGAAAUUGAUAACCAAAAUCCUGAAAAACAUCUACCUCAGACAGAAGGCAAAGCUUAUAGUGGAAUCCCAUCAGCUGCUCGGGUAUUGGAAAAUCAAGAUACCCCAAAACUGUCUGUCGAUAGUAACAAAGUCUCUCUUUUUAUAGAUAGCGACUCGUUUGAAGGGGAAGUGAGUGACGAAGAUAAUGAACUAGCUAAUUCAAGUAGUGUGUCUAAGAAUAUUUUAAUACCCACCCAACAAAUUGAUUCUAUGGGACAUCAAACCAACAAAUCAGAAAAGCCUGAGGAACAGGGAAAUGAAACCAGUUUUAAGGCACGCCACCUCGCUUCUCAAACCAUCGUGGAGAUAGAUUAA